GUAAGCGGUUGAGUUUGCGUUUGCUUUGAGUAAACUUCAGAUUUUAUUUUAUGAAAUUAAUCAGUGAAGUGAAGUGAGCAGACGUAAUUUUGCUUGAGAAUUUCAUAACUUUAUUUUUAUAAAACUCGAAUCUGUUUUAAUUGCAAUAAAGUUUAUUAAAUUUAAACUCGCUACCACAACGGACUGCAUCCAUAGUAAACUCGCUACUGAUAGUGCAUCCAUAGUAAUUUACUAGUAAAACGAAUUCCAUACUUUCAAGCAAGGAAAUAUCGCUGUAACAGAAGAUCCGUAAACACUGAAAAGACUUUCAGAGUAAAAAUGGAUGGACAGAAUCAUGAUGAGCAAGUCGACUUUCAUGUUGAUAUGUUUGGAUUAUUGUAUAGAAAUUUUAAUGAAAGAUAUGAGCGCAUCACAUCCAGCGAUGAAGAAGUGCAUUUUAGUUCUAACUCUUCAGAUGAUGACGACCGUUUGUUAGCUUUGGCGGAUGUUAACAUUAAUCCGCUCUAUAAGUUUUCCCCAUAUGUCUUGGUUAAGAGAAAUUUAAAGCAGCGCAGUGUGUUGAAUAUUCCUGAGCCACGUAGCGGUCAUCAAGUAAUAGCGACGGAAUCAAAUGUAUUUGUGUUGGGUGGUUAUAAUCCACGUACGGCAAACGCAGCCAGACGUCAGCGCCGUCGUUUGAUUUUUCAGGAUUUGUGGUCAUUUAACGAUGCUACCAAUAGAUGGCAUUUGGUAUUAGAUGAAAGAAGUUCAACAGAUAUGCCAAGUGAUUUAACUGCUAGUGCAUUCACUAUUUGGAGAAAUGGAUUAAUUAGUUAUGGUGGAACAGGAUUCCCUUUUGGAGAGUCACGUUCUAAUGACUGCAUACUUUAUACUACAGGAAGAAAUCCAUCCGCUACUAGAUUAUCUGUCAGUGGAGAUUUACCUCCGGCUGUUUAUGGUGCAGCUAUUGCUGUUCAUGAUGACUUCCUGUACGCAAUUGGGGGCACGACUGGCUACGAUUUUUAUAGUCAUGUUUAUAAACUAAAUUUGAAGUCGUUAGUAUGGAAAGUUAUUUAUGCUAGUCGACCAGGAAGGCAUAACGAUCCAGUAGGACGUUAUGGUCAUGGAAUUGUAAAUGACGGCAAUUACUUAUUUCUCCUAGGUGGUGGCACUUCACAGCAGAUAUGUGUUGGUUUUGAUUCCAUAGAAGCUUUUAAUAUAAAAACUCAUUGCUGGGAACAAUUUUAUACAUAUCCAGACGAAACGCCAGCGUUAUAUAUACGUGAGAUAACAGGUUAUCCGAAAUCACGAAAAUGCUUUGGCUGCGCCCAGUAUACAACACCUAAUGGCGAUGUGGAGGCUGUUAUUUCAGGUGGCUGCCAAGCGGAUUCCAGAUCAUUUUUUUCGGAUGUCUGGAAAAUAAAUAUGCGUACUAAGCAAUGGACUUUAUUACGUACUGCGCGCUUACCAACACCAAUAUUCUUUCAUUCUGCGUCUUGCUCUGAGACAGGCGCAAUGUAUUUAUUUGGAGGGAUUUCAUGCGGUGUGUGGUCAAUGAAACGUCGCAAUGCGCUCUAUAAAAUGUGGGUUACUAUACCUAAGCUAUCGGAGAUGUGCUGGGAAGCAAUUUUAUUCUAUAACAAAAAUCUUGCUUCCAUUGAUCGUAACAAAUUACGUGCAGCAGGAAUCCCAGACCAGUUCAUAGCAAGAAUGCCUUCAAGCAAUGCUGAACCGGUUGCGUUAAACUUUGAAAGUGAAUGAAAUUUGUUAAUUUAAUUAUAGUUCUAGGUUUUCGGUGCAAAGAGCUGGUGGUGAGAUUAAACAAUAACUUAAUUUUAUGACAAAAAAUGUUGAAAGUUGAACUGAAAACCUGAGGAAACAUAUUUUGUGUUAUAUCGUUUUUUUUAAUGCCAGUUUUAUAUAUGAAAUCCUUUACAA